GAUGAACUAAAACGAUGCAAAUUUGGGAUUGUUAUCCAAUAAAUCUAAUGCUAAAUAUAAAGAACCGAAGUAGAACAUCGAUGAUUUUGAAAUUUAGGAUUACGGAGAUGAUUAGGAAUAUGUCUCUUUAGAUGAAGCUAGUAAACAUGAUUUAUUAUUUCUUAGAAGUACAACAUGCUGAAGUUAUUUAACCAACAUAAAUUUAAUAACCAAUUACUCCUCCUUAAUAAAACAAUCAAAAUUAACCAGAACUUUAAAAUAAUUAGAAAUAAUAAUAGUCUUAACAACAGAACUAGUUUCCACCAUAGUAAUAAAUUCAGUACCCUUAGUUUUAGUAACAAUAACAAGUACCAAUCAACUAAUAAUAAGUAUUUAAAUUUUGCAUAAUAUAGAAUUAGUAUAGCUAAUAUCAAUAUACUCCAUAUCAAAAUCAAUAAUAUUCUUAGCUUUAAAACUAAAUAAUUAAUCCUAUUUCUAAUAUUUUCCAAUAAACAGCAAUCCUAAUUGAUAGGAACUUAAAUCAAUAAACGUAACUUUUAUUUUAACAAUAAGACAAGCGUAUUCAACUUGCAUAUAUUGUAAAACUCCCUAGAUGAUUUAAGAUGAAAAAUAACCUUUUAUGUGCUUUAGAUGCUAACAAAUUAAUAAGCCUAAUUUUGGAUAUUUUCAAUGUGGCUCUUGCAAAAUUACGGUCAUGUACCAAAUUGGAUGUAAUUACCUUAAAUUUAAUUAGUAUCUAAUUUAAUCAGAUGCACAAAAUGCCAAACUAUGAAUUAUGUUUAAUAACCCAAUCUACCAAAUACGUUAUAACAAUAUCAAUAAUCAUAAUAAUAGUAGAAUUUAUCAUAAUAAAAACAACAAUAGCAAAUUAAUAGUCCAAAUUCUUAAAUGUUGUAUCAAUAAAAUUAAUUUACUAAUCAACAAAAGAUAAAUGAAUAUUCACAGUACUAACAGUUGAAUAAAGAAUAAAAACCUAUUGCAAGAAACUAAGUUGAUCCGAUGUAUCAAGAAAAAUGA